AUGCUUACUCAUUUGCCGAGUUCCAGUUUAAGAGAUUUUACUCUUGUUUCUGGGAUAAAUUUGGAGUCUAUACUAACACCAAGCUGCGAGGAAACGUCUCCUGGUUGCUAUAACUAUGGAUAUUUACUAAGUUCGUACUGGGCCGAUGACAAUAGCGUGCGCAACGCGCUACAAGUAGAGAAGAGCAGUGGAGAUCACGAUAUGGGAGUGCCAUAUGUUGAAACUCAAGCAUGGAUACGAUCUCUCAAUUAUUCUAUUAUGGAUGAUUGGAGACCAUGGAUGAUAAACAGUGAGGGAGGUGGACACACUCUAGAUUUUAAGCCAGUAGAGAGCUUCAUAAUGUUCAAAAGAUGGAUAACUGGCCGACUUAUGUAA